AUGUCCGACUUCUUCCGAUUGUCCAAUAAAAUCCUGGGACAACGGCAGCGAGCGAUGAUGACGUAUCGACCUCAAGCCAACGAGACCGCGGAAAACAUGGUACAGCUAGAGAUCAGGGCGCUCACGAUGUAUGUUCGUGACCUUAAGCUGAAGGAUUGGGAUGAGCACGCUGAGUGCCCCACCUUCACGACUAAUACGCCCCACGAUCGGAAACACUUCAUUAUCUGGUACACGGAUGGGACCCAGGAUCAACGCUGGUGGCCACAAUUCUCGUCGGAUGCACAAGGCGGCACGAUCGGGACCCGCGACGGUGGGGCUACCUCAUCCAACGGCAUUAUCAACAGUCACAGGAACCAGUUAACGGCAGAUUGCGAGAAGUAA